CAACCACGCGGAGAAGCUUCUUGAAUGGAUCCUGAAUGGCACAUGGGUUGAUCUAUAGUAUCGCUCAAACAAAGCUAAACGCCACAACGCCAACGACAACUUCAUCUUCCAAGGUCUCCUCCAGUACGACUAGUGUCGCUACGCUUGCUCCGUCUCCAACUGCCGGGACGGCAUUAGGCUGCUACCCGGAAGACUCCACCAUGCCAAUUCUGGAGCAAAACAUGAACCCCAACGGCAACUCGUCUCUCACUAUUGCCAAGUGCAAGAACAGCUGCUAACGCCGUGCAUUUGGUUUUGCGGGUGUUUAGAAGGGCAACCAAUGUUGGUGUGGUAGCUACGUCGGCGGAAGCUGGGCACCGGAGUUCUCAAUGCUGCCUUUGUUCUAGGAGCACCUCACCUUGUUGAGCGCGAUGGAUCGUCUCCUUCACUUUCAUUUGAUCCAAACACCACCAAGUAUUGCUCUUGGUGGGUUGAUUUGACCUCGAAGAAAGACUGCUCUCUUCUAGAGGAAAUUUCAUUACCCUCGAGGACUUCCGUCGCUGGGUAAGACAUCUUCCUCUCGUUUUCUUUGACGUGAACAUCGUUGACACGAGUCUAUAACCCUUUCAUCACUGCUGACUGUGGUGGUCUCGUCAUCGGAAACUCUUACUGCGUAGAAACUAUGAACGAGCCUGCUCCAACUACUUCCUC